GCGGAUCGUGGUUGUAAACGAUCGAACGUUUCAGCGAAACGGUGUGUUAAAUGACGAGGUGGUCCAAGAGGUGGAGGUGGUGGCGGCCCGGCAAUACGUGGUAAAACGUGGUUCGGGGCGAGAGUUUCGCAGGACAGGGUCGCACGGGGAAGAAGCGACAGCGGCGUGGCAGAUGAGAUGUGAAGAAGCACGAGGACUACGCGGCGUGGAGCUGGCGGGAGCGAAGGCGGAAGUCGAGAAGCCAAAGCUGCCGAAGGCGGUCGCAGGGGCGGCGGCAGCUCGAGGGGGCACCUGGCGGGGGCCGCCUGAGAUGACGACCCUGCGACGGGGUAUCGUGGCACCCCGGUACAAUACUUACGUUCUGGUUUCGUUGAUCGGACUGUUGCUUCAGACCCAGUCUGCAACGGGCGGUAUAUGCUGGUCUUCCAUUAGCAACGGUCGUUGUAAGGAAUUAUUGUCACAAGGAGUGACAAAGGAAGAUUGUUGCGCGUCGAACGCUGCUGCGGCGACCGCGUACUCGGAGGAAGACCUCGAUAGCGGAAGUCUCUUUUUUUGGAGGGUGCUUGGUGGAGGCGUGCAGUGUCGUCCUUGCAGAGAAAGCUGCACGGAAGUAAGGUGUGAGGAGGGAAAGAAGUGCGUGGUGCGUAGAGGAAGACCAAGGUGCGUGUGCAGCCCUGAGUGCAAGGCACCAAGAGGUGGUGGUCCAGUCUGCGGGACGGACGGCAAAAGUUACAAAAAUUUGUGCAGACUGAAGAAACGCGCUUGCAAGAAAGGAAGCCACGAACUAGCGGUUGCCUAUAACGGCCACUGCCAAAGUUCGUGCGCACGGGUCCGGUGCGGCCAAGGCCGGAGCUGCCUGCUGGACCAGAACCUGAGCCCGCACUGCGUGAGGUGCGCCCGCAGGUGCCCCCAGCCGCCCCCGCAACAACGAGCCGCCGCACGCCCCGUUUGCGGGGCCGACGGAAACACAUACAAGAGUGCCUGCCACCUGCGACUUGCCGCCUGCCGCGCAGGUCGCGCCAUUCCCGUCGCCUAUAAGGGCCACUGCAAACAGAACGCAGACUGUACCACGAUUCGUUGUCGCGAGGGGCAGACGUGUCUGUCGGAGAUGAAGUCGGGCCGGCCACGUUGCGUGACCUGCACCUAUCGUUGUCCCCGGAAGCGGGAGCGCGUCCGGAACCGGACACACCGUGAUCGAGACCCAUCGGCGACCAUGUUGUGCGCCACCAACAAUAUCACCUAUCCAAGCUGGUGUCACAUCGUCAAGGACGCCUGCGUUACCGGCUUCGUCCUCGAGACGCGACACGCCGGCCCCUGCAACGCCUACGACACCUCUCCUCUCUAUAUCGAGGAGGACAACACCUCGAGCAACUAUGGCGUCGAUCUGGCGGACGAGGACGCGAGAUUCGAGGACACGGAAUCCCUAUCGUACAACGGCCAGACCCAUCGCUCUUUGGCGUUGUCCAUUAAAGGCCGCGUUUACGUUAGGCAACUUUUAACGAAGAAUCGAAAGAAUCGAUUGAUCUAUCGAUAUAAUAUAUACUCGCGGUCACUGUGCUCGUGCAAAAUUCUACAAAAUUUUGCUAAGACAGGUCAUUCAAAUAAUUGGGCAGUAUUGGUCGAUACUUCACGAUUUUGGUUUAAUUAUCGACAUGUAGCAAAUGUGUUAUCCAUUUAUAGGAGUGUUAAACGCUUAGGUAUACCAGAUUCACAAAUUAUUCUAAUGAUAGCAGAUGAUAUGGCAUGCAAUCCAAGGAAUCCCAGACCAGCUACAGUGUUCAAUAAUAUCAGACAACAUAUUAAUGUUUAUGGAGAUGAUGUAGAAGUAGAUUAUAGGGGAUAUGAAGUUACUGUAGAAAAUUUUGUGAGAUUAUUAACUGGACGAUUAGCACCAGAAACACCAAGAUCCAAAAAACUAUUAACGGAUGAAGGAUCUAAUAUUUUAAUUUAUCUUACUGGUCAUGGUGGAAAUGGAUUCUUAAAAUUCCAGGAUUCUGAAGAAAUUACUAGUAAAGAACUUGCAGAUGCAUUAGAACAAAUGUGGCAGAAAAGAAGAUAUCAUGAAAUUUUGUUUAUUGUUGAUACUUGUCAAGCAAGUUCAAUGUAUGAGAAAUUUUAUUCUCCAAACAUUCUUGCAGUUGCAUCUAGCCUAGUGGGCGAAGAUUCACUUUCUCAUCAUUUGGAUCCUGCCAUUGGCGUUUACAUUAUAGAUAGAUAUACAUAUUAUGCAUUGGAUUUCUUAGAAAAAGUAGAACCAUCUAGUUCCAAAACAUUGGGAGAAUUUCUCAAAGUAUGUCCUAAGCAUUAUUGCUUAUCAACAGUAGGAGUAAGAAAAGAUUUAUUUAGAAGGGAUCCUAAUAAAGUACCAGUCACAGAUUUCUUUGGAUCAUUGAGACCUGUAGAAUUAACUACGAGUAUAAUGACUGUUUUGCCUGUGAAAAUAAAUAAGACAAAAACAAUCGAACCGGAAAGGAAAUAUUCUUAUGUUCCACAAUUUCCAGAUGUAUCAAAGUUCACGUGGCAGAUGCGUUUCUGUGGUAUCUACUUGGUAGUUAUUUUUACUCUCUGCACACUGUCCUCGUCGUUCAAGCUAAAAACGAAUUAUACCGAAGUGCACGACAUUGACGACAAUACCUUAAAGCAGUUACCUCCUCAAGAUCCUGCCUUUCAUUCUUUUCCAACGAUACCUACUGUUCCACUUAUCCCUAUAUGUAUGAAAGAAGGAUAUUUCAGGGAUCCCUUCAAUUGCAAAAAAUUUUACCAUUGUCAAUAUGUGAACGCAGUUCCAAAAGGUUUUUACUGUCAAAAUGAUUUGAUAUUUAACACGAUUACCGAUCAGUGUGAUAAACCUAACUUUGUAGAUUGUUGAUUAAUAUUGUAUUCGUAAGAAAAAUUUGUAGUACAAAUA